CAAGGGAGGGGUCAGCCCACCAACCUAAUUGGGUUACGGGAAAUCUCCCCAGCCGAGCUCAGUUCCUGGAUCCAGCAGUCUUUUAAGCACUACGUGGUGGAAGAUGCCAAGCAGCAAUUCAACCAGUACGACAAAGAUGGUGAUGGGCGCGUCUCUUGGGAAGAGUACAAUAUUCAGAUGUAUGACCGCGUAAUAGACUUUGAGGAUGAUACCACUUUGGAAGACGCGGAAGAAGAAUCUUUCCGGCAGCUCCAUUUAAAGGACAAGAAGAGGUUUCAAAAGGCUAAUAAGGACGGCGCACCAGGCUUGGAUCUGGAUGAAUUCAUUGCAUUUGAACAUCCUGAGGAGGCAGAUUACAUGAAGGAGUUUGUCAUUCAGGAGGCUUUGGAAGAGCAUGACAAAGAUGGGGAUGGGUUUGUGAGCAUCAAAGAGUUCCUUGGCGACUAUCGAAGAGAUCCAACUGCCAGGGAAGAUCCAGAAUGGAUUGUUGUUGAGAAAGAUCGAUUUCGAAAUGAUUAUGACAAGGACAAGGAUGGACAACUUGAUCCUAAAGAGCUGUUAACUUGGGUGGUGCCCAACAAUGAGGGUAUUGCUCAGGAAGAGGCUGUUCAUCUUCUUGACGAGAUGGACCUGGAUGGGGACAGGAAACUUACAGAAAAUGAGAUUCUUGAAAAUCAAGAUCUGUUUCUCAAUAGCGAAGCCACCGAUUAUGGCCGACAGCUCCAUGACAAAAGCUUCUACCAUGAAGAACUUUAAUUUCCAAGAGAUGCUUUGUCUUUGUUUCAGAAUUGGUUUCCCCCCCCCCCCAUUGUUCAGCUUUAAAAA